AUGCAUGUCACUCGAGCAAUUCGACGGAAGCGUCGUGAAUCGAUGGCUAUAAGACGAGAAUCACGAGCUACUCGACUAGUUGCAGCCAUAUUAACAUCGUCGUUUGACAUUAAAUCUAAUGUUCAAAAAUCCGGAAGAUGCCAACGAAAAUUGCCUCAUCCUGUUUGUAAUUAUUGGAGUAAAGCUAACCAGAUUCAAAAGAACAUUGCUUUUCUAAUCUGCUGGAUACCAUAUUUUUGUGUUAGUGUAUAUCGGGGCAUAUGCGCUGGUCUUGGUACAAAUACGGAUAAACAACUUCAUAUUCGACUUUUCGCGGUAACAUCUUGGCUUGGUUACGCUCAUUCUUGUUUUAAUCCAGUGAUUUAUACGUGCCUUAAUAAGAAUUUUCGUCGAACUGUGAGGAAAUUUUUCGCAUCGUCAAGAUGGCGAAGAAGCAGGAAGCUUUAA